CUUUUCUUUUCUUCUUUUUUUUUUAUUUUUGAAUGGAACGAAAGCAAAACUUUCUUCGAUAUUAUACUGACCAUUAUUGUCAACAUGAAAUAGUUACUUCGGAUAUAUCAUCUCACAUUGUAGACGAACAUUUGGAUCACGUUUUUGACGCUUGUAUCAAACCAACAUUCCCCAUUGAAACCUUAGUAUUAAGCACGCGACAAUCACGAACACUUGGCCCAGAACACGACGACCUUUCUUUCAAACAAGAAUGGAAACAAACAGAAAAAGGAUACAAUACUGUUGAUGUUCUAUACUGGAUUGUGGAUACAACUACUACUGAAGACCUAGAAAAGAUCUUACCAAAACUCAUAGCUCCUAUACUUCGUAUUGUAGACGAUUAUGACGUGACGUACAAGAACCACGGUGUCAUUCUAUUACAUGGAAUUGUUAGCAAACUAGAUCCUAUGGUGAUUACCAAAUUUGGAUUAGAGAAUGUCUUUAUUGAUGCUCUCUUCAAGUGUCUUCACUAUAUGACAGAUACUCGAGACUUGGCUUUACUCACAUCUGCAUAUUCGUGUCUGAUAGAUUUGAUCGACAAAACCAAAAUAGUAAAAACCAAAGAACGGCUUUUACUUUUUGAAAAGAUACUUACUGAUGGAGUGGUACCAGGACUGCGAUAUGCCGGGGAUAAAUCGACGUUUUUGUUAGUGUUACUACCUGUGAUCGACAGAUUAGCAAAGGAACUUGAAACUCUUCUUGUGCGAUAUUUGAAGGUGGUUGUCUUAGGUACAUGUAAUGGAUUAAAAUCAAUCAAGACUGAAGUGAAUCUAGUUGCAUUGGAAGCUUUGAAACAUGUGAUUGAAAAGACUUGGUUAAGAAUUCCUCUUUAUGGCGCAACUAUAUUACAAGCUCUUGCAACUCUAUGGAUGAAUAAUUGUAAAAAGCAAGAAAAUAGUGAUAGUCAAGAGAUAUGUCACCGUACAAAAAUCAUUUAUCGAUUGCUUUAUUCUAUAUGCCAAGGCCAAUUAGAGAUUGACGCUCAAGCUCUUUUGGAACUAGAUAAAACGACUUUUGGAGAUCUAAUAGAAUGAUAGAUAUAGAAUAAUGUAGUUUAGAUACCCCCCCCCCUCCCUUUACCUCUUGUUGGUUAGUUUUAAGGUAGUGAUGAAGAGAUACCCUAUUGACAAAAACUCUUGGCUAGACGAACGGAAGAACUUGGCGCCAUUUGAAAAUAAUAUCUUCCCCCCCAUGUUGCACAUUCAAUCUUUUUUUUUUCCUUUUUUUCCCUUUCCUUCCUCGCUUUAUUACCUUUUUUUUUA